GCGCAAGAUACUUUUCCUGCGGCUGGAAAAGGGCGGACUUGUGUUUGGGUUACUGCAUAGUUUAAAGCGAUAUAUCAGCUAAGGUUUGAUCUGUAACAACUCCAUCAAACAGGAUGCCUUACAAACAGUGGUACGAAGAUCUUGAGCAGAUCAAGCGUCGGUGCAGGCAGAGCGGCACUCUUUUUGAGGAUCCAGAGUUUCCUGCGAUCGACAGCAAAGUCUUCAAGAAGCGAGUGUUACCUGGUGGUCAGUCGUUCGAAUGGCUUCGACCUCAGGAACUGUUGGACGCCCAGCAAUCAAGCGAAAAGGCAGAAUUUGUGGUGGGUGGAGCAUCCCGUCUCGAUAUCAAUCAGGGCAUGCUGGGAGAUUGUUGGUUGCUAGCAGCCAUUGCAUCCCUAACACAAGAGGAGGGAUUGAUGAACAAGGUCAUUCGAUUGGACAAAUAUGACAAGUUUGGCAGCCCUGGUUACUGUGGUGCUUUUCAGUUCAACAUUUGGCAAGAUGGGCAUUGGGAGGAAGUUAUCAUCGAUGAUCGCCUUCCAACAUACAGGAAGAAACUGGUGUUCAUGCACUCCAAGGAGAAAAAUGAGUUUUGGUGUGCCUUGUUGGAGAAAGCAUAUGCCAAGUUACAAGGUUCGUAUGAAGCCCUCAAGGGAGGUCAAACAAUUGAAGCUAUGGAAGACUUCACUGGUGGACUGGGAGAAGACUUUGAUUUUAAGAAGAUGAAGACUGAAAGUGAGAGGGAGGACUUGUGGAGAGUCAUCGAAAAGGGCUUAAAACGGGGUGAUCUCAUGGGCUGCUCCAUCACUGCUGCACCCAAUCAGAUAGAAGCUAAAGGUGACUUGGGAUUGGUCAAAGGUCAUGCAUAUUCUGUGACUGGAGCGACCACUGUUAAUUAUCGUGGUCGAGGAACAAAGUUGGUCCGUGUGAGGAAUCCCUGGGGUAAUGAGAGAGAAUGGGAAGGACCUUGGGGUGAUAAAUCCAGCGAGUGGAGAGGGCUGUCUGAAUCAGAUAAAAGGGAUAUGAAGCUGAGUUUUGCAGAUGAUGGUGAAUUUUGGAUGUCUUUUGAUGAUUUCACCACAUAUUUUCACAAACUGGAAAUUUGCCACUUGGGCCCAGACAGUGCUAAAGGGGGUGGGGAACAUGGUUGGGAAGGAAGGGUAGAAAAAGGUGCUUGGAUUCGAGGUUCCUCUGCCGGUGGUUGUCGCAACUUUCUGAAUACAUUUGCCCAGAAUCCUCAGUUCAGGGUUGAUCUGGAAGAUACUGAUGAUGAUGCAGAUGAUAAAUGCUCCUUGACAGUGGCACUUAUGCAGACCAAGCGUCGCAAAUUGAAGGCAGAGGAAGGAAAGCCCAUGUUGACAAUUGGCUUCUCCAUUUACAAGGUCACAGAUGAGGAUUUGAAAGGUGGAAGAGCUGAUCGAAACUUCUUUGCUUACCAUGCCUCCACGGCCCGGUCUCCAGUAUUUAUCAACAGCCGUGAAGUGACUGGACGGUAUACACUUGAUCCUGGCUCUUAUCUUAUUAUUCCAACCACGUUUGAGCCCAACCACACUGGUGAAUUUAUUGUACGAAUCUACUCUGAAAAACCUGUCAAGACAGGGAAAGUUGAUGUGAGGACAUCCAUUCAGUCCAGGGAUGAACGCAAAGCUAAAUAUAGAUCAAGCCAAUCUAGUGAGGACAGCGACGCAGCGGAUGCUUCAUUUAGGCAGCUGUUCAAGAAGCUUGCUGGAGUUGACUUAGAGAUUGACGCGUUUGAGCUGCAACAGAUUCUUUCAACAGCAACAAAGAAGGUUCUGGGUGGCAAGGAAUUUAGCGUAGAAGCAUGCAGGAGUAUUAUUGAUUUGAAGGACGAUGACAAGACUGGAAAGCUGGACUUUGACGAAUUCAAGGAAGUAUGGAUUCUGAUUAAAGAUCUGUUGAAAAUCUUCUCUGAGCAUGACGCAGACAACAGUGGUACCAUGGACAUGUACGAGCUGCAAUCAGCUCUUGAAAAGCAAGGUAUCUAUCUCAGCCAAGAAACUUUGAAUGCCAUCUCUGCCCGCUUUAACAACAAGAAGGGAACCCUGUGUUUUGACGACUUCCUGCAGAUUGUCUGCCGUAUUUACUCAAUUAAAGAUGACUUUGACGGACAUGCUGACCGUACGGGUAGAGCUACGUUUAGCCUUGAUCAGUUCCUACGUACCUGUCUUACCAUGUAAUCUGACGGAGAUAAAAAAAAAACUGCUUGUUUAUCACCACAGUUAUUACUUUCUAGUUUUGCUGAUACGGUUGUGCACAGAAGGCAUUUGAAAGCGUGGAUUACAUUAAACUAAAAACAGUUCGCGUAGUUGUCUUUGUCAUUGGUAUAUCACAUAUAUUUAGUAUGCUUUGUCAGCACUCUACAGAUUUGUCACGCAAUGGUGUGACAAAUUCCGAGAGUCACUAUUAAGCAAACUUAUUUCUA